AUGCCGGUAACAUUCACCAGUCGUACGCUGAAGCCCAACGAACUCAACUACGGCAUGGUCGAGAAAGAAAUUCUGGCUCUUCUCCGGAUCCUGGACGUGUGCUACUCCACGCUGGUCACGAGGCCGAUUAAGGUUUUAACGCGGCACUCCACUCUAGCUUGGCUGAUGCGAUCUACAGGACUCCAAGGCCGACUGGGCAACUGGGCGGCGCUGCUAUCCCACUGGACGCUCGAGAUUGUCAAGUGUACGCGCGGCGAAGAUGAGAUCCUGGGUACGAUUGCGGCGAGCAUCACGCCCCGGGAAAGUGUCGACUCGACCUUGUCGUCUAUCGCGCCGUGGAAGCAGCCACGUCAGCUGAUUCCGGCGGUGCUACCAACGGUUGAACAAGGCAAAGAACUGUUAGUCGUGAGUUUCGAUGGAUCGGCACGAGUCAAACGAGGCGGUGGAGCGUGUAGCACUAUAGUCUGGAAGUUACCUGAGUGGAUCGUAAUCGCAGCAGAACCGAAGUACUUGCCUGACCUAAUGGUGAAUGAGGUGGAGUAUCAGGGCCUGUUGUUAGGCUUCGAUCUACUCUCCAGCUUGGACUGGGUACGCCUGAUCAUCUGCGGGGGCUCCAACUUGGUGAUACGGCAGAUGCGAAGCGAGAUCGAGUGCAAGGCAUCAGGCCUGACGACUCUUCGUCGACGGGCAUUAGAUCGGCUGAGAACGUUGCCGGCCCACGAGUUCCUACACGUUAAGCGAGACUGGAACCAAAGCGCGGACAGGUUAGACACUGCAUUACACCAGCAAGAAGGCACAGCGGUUACCUCGAAGGCGGACUGCGACGAUUUGGUUGUCCUGAACCAGCUCCAGGAGCUCCUACUCCCGAAGGACGACGGGUCUGUCCCCUGGAUGGCCGCGACGACCCGAUCGCGAGCACGUUUGAAGAACUCGGCAGGGGUGCUACAGCUAGAUGUGGUACAACGCGUCAGGAUGGAUCGAAUACUACGAGCGCAGAACGAAGAGAAGUGGAUCGUAAACCUCAAGCCGUAUCUGCCAGGCGACUUGGAGAAGCUAGAUGCUAGUGAGGCACGAGCUUGCUCUGUAAUGCAUGGGGGAACACUGGAGCAUGAGAACUUUCCCCACCUCACGCGUAUCGAGUGGGAAGCUCUCCAUCGACUCGCCGAAACCUCCGGCGAGUUCGUCGUCGUGUCGCUGCUGAGUUCAGCGACCCCGGAGCAGCAGCGUCAAGCUGCACAAGAGUUCAUGGAGCGCGAGCUCGCCAGCGCACGGCGGCGAGUGUCAACUCCCUCGCGCUUCAUGAAGAAUGAUAUCGACAUCGUGAUCGACUCGAGAUUACUCGAGUCGGAGUCCGCAAAAGUGAACUUCCUACUCUCGCGGUUGAGUGGGAAGGCAAAGGAGUGGGCCCUCGGUAAGCUGGUUACUUCCACAGCGACGUUUCUAACGUUAAAGGCUCUUCAAGACGACCUUCGACGGGCGUUCGAGCCGCCCCAGGACGAGUCGAGAACGCGCGCGGCGUUCUUUUCCCUGAAACAGGGGAAAAUGCCGAUGCGUGACUAUGUCCAGAAAUGUCGUCACCUAGUGUCGUGCAUCACCACCAAUCCGAUCGAUGAUGCAUCACAGAUUCACGUGUUUGUCUUCGGCAUGCGCGAGGGCAUGACUAGAUACCGCCUAACGCGAACAGAGCCGAAGACCCUCGAGGAAGCCUUCGCCAUCGCACUGCGUGAGGAUUUUACUGUGUCAUCAUCGUACGGCAAGGUGCUGUCGGAGGAGGCUCGGGUGUCGGAUCCCGAGCCUACGGAGAUUGAUGCAAUCGAGGCGUCAUCACGCGGUGGUGGUUAUCCGGUCAUCGUGCAGCAGUGUGUCGCGCACCUGCCCCUGCCUUAG